CCGCUGGGUUCCCAGAGUGCUCCGCGGCCGUGUGGAGCGAGGCCUUGUUCCCGCGUUGAGCCGCCGCCGCCGCCGCCACCUCCUCCUCAGCCUCAGCCUCCGCACCAGGCCCGGCCUCGCCGCGCCAUGUCGGACUACAGCUCGGGAGGACCCCCGCCCGGGCCUCCGCCGCCCGCCGGCGGGGGCGGGGGAGCCGGAGGCGCCGGCGGAGGCCCUCCGCCGGGCCCAACGGGCGCGGGGGACCGCGGCGGCGGCGGCGGCCCGGGUGGAGGCUCGGCCGGAGGCCCCUCGCAGCCGCCGGGUGGCGGCGGCCCGGGGAUCCGCAAGGACGCUUUCGCGGACGCGGUGCAGCGGGCCCGCCAGAUUGCAGCCAAAAUUGGAGGCGAUUCUGCUACAACUGUGAAUAACAGCACUCCUGAUUUUGGUUUUGGGGGCCAAAAGAGACAGCUGGAAGAUGGAGACCAGCCGGAGAGCAAGAAGCUGGCUUCCCAGGGAGACUCCAUCAGUUCGCAGCUGGGACCCAUCCACCCUCCCCCAAGGACUUCAAUGACAGAAGAGUACAGGGUCCCAGACGGCAUGGUGGGCCUAAUCAUUGGCAGAGGAGGCGAACAGAUCAACAAAAUCCAGCAGGACUCGGGCUGCAAAGUGCAGAUCUCUCCAGACAGUGGUGGCUUACCUGAGCGCAGUGUGUCCUUGACGGGAGCCCCUGAGUCUGUCCAGAAAGCGAAGAUGAUGCUGGAUGACAUUGUGUCUCGGGGUCGUGGGGGCCCCCCAGGACAGUUCCACGACAAUGCCAAUGGGGGCCAGAAUGGCACCGUGCAGGAGAUCAUGAUUCCUGCUGGCAAGGCUGGCCUGGUCAUCGGCAAAGGCGGGGAGACGAUUAAGCAGCUGCAGGAGCGUGCCGGGGUGAAGAUGAUUUUAAUUCAGGACGGGUCCCAGAACACCAAUGUGGACAAGCCUCUCCGGAUCAUUGGGGAUCCAUACAAAGUGCAGCAAGCCUGUGAGAUGGUAAUGGACAUCCUCCGUGAACGAGAGCAGGGUGGCUUCGGGGACCGCACGGAGUACGGCUCUCGCAUCGGUGGAGGCAUUGACGUGCCAGUGCCCAGGCAUUCUGUUGGAGUGGUCAUCGGCCGGAGUGGAGAAAUGAUCAAGAAGAUCCAGAAUGAUGCCGGGGUGCGGAUACAGUUCAAGCAAGAUGAUGGGACGGGACCCGAGAAGAUUGCUCACAUCAUGGGCCCCCCAGAGCGCUGUGAGCAUGCGGCCCGGAUCAUCAACGACCUCCUCCAGAGCCUCCGGAGCGGUCCUCCAGGCCCUCCUGGGGGUCCUGGCAUGCCCCCUGGGGGCCGUGGCCGAGGAAGAGGCCAAGGCAACUGGGGGCCCCCUGGUGGAGAGAUGACCUUCUCUAUUCCCACCCACAAGUGUGGGUUGGUCAUUGGCCGAGGUGGUGAGAAUGUGAAAGCCAUCAACCAGCAGACGGGCGCCUUUGUGGAGAUCUCCCGGCAACUGCCCCCCAAUGGGGACCCCAACUUCAAACUCUUCAUUAUCCGCGGCUCACCUCAGCAGAUUGACCACGCCAAGCAGCUCAUUGAGGAGAAGAUUGAGGGUCCCCUCUGCCCAGUCGGACCAGGUCCCGGGGGACCAGGCCCUGCAGGCCCCAUGGGCCCCUUCAACCCAGGGCCCUUCAACCAGGGGCCACCAGGGGCCCCUCCACACGCCGGCGGACCCCCUCCUCACCAGUACCCACCCCAAGGCUGGGGCAACACCUACCCCCAGUGGCAGCCCCCCGCUCCUCAUGACCCCAACAAGGCAGCUGCCGCCGCCGCCGACCCCAAUGCCGCCUGGGCCGCCUACUACUCGCACUACUACCAGCAGCCCCCCGGGCCCGUGCCCGGCCCCGCGCCCGCACCCGCUGCCCCACCUGCGCAAGGGGAGCCCCCGCAGCCCCCACCUGCAGGCCAGUCCGACUACACCAAGGCCUGGGAGGAGUACUACAAGAAGAUGGGCCAACAGCCACAGCAGCCUGGAGCCCCGCCACAGCAGGACUACACCAAGGCCUGGGAGGAGUACUACAAGAAGCAGGCCCAAGUGGCCACCGGAGGGGGUCCCGGAGCACCCCCUGGCUCCCAGCCGGACUACAGCGCUGCCUGGGCUGAGUAUUACAGACAGCAGGCCGCGUACUACGGACAGACCCCCGGCCCCGGCGGCCCCCAGCCGCCCCCCACCCAGCAGGGACAGCAGCAGGCAAGUGGGAAUUGCCACCCUCCUCCUCCUCCUUUCUCCUUCCAACCCCCGGCCACCGUCCAUCCUGCCUUAGUGGGUAGCGCCGGAAACCCCUUCCCCUGCGGGGUGUGCCCUUGAUGCCUGCAGCGGGCGUGUGGCCAGAGUCUCCGGAGCGCCCCGCGCCCGCCGCCCGCCCGCCCGCUGCCGCCGCCGGGAAGCGCUCGCUGGGUCCAGAGGCUCACGGAGGAGGCUCCUCGCCAGCUGCUCGUUCCUGUGUGACUGUCGCCACGCUGGGGGAGCGCGAAGCACGCACAGGUGGAACUUGAGAACUGGUGGGUAGUCCUGGGUGGGACCGGCAGGCAGCUCCCAUGGCGUCCCGCCCGCUGCCGGCCACUCGAGUCUGCCCACUUGGGAAGAAAUUUUUUUUUUCCUCUCCCCUUCUCCACAUCACUUUUUGGGGUUUUGUUCUUUUUAUUCCUUUAUUUUUUAAAAACCACGACCUUUAUCCCCCACGUCCAAGUGACUGCGUGUGCGGGCUGCUGGCUCUGUGCGGGCUGCCUGGCCACCGCGCCCUCGCGUGCUCGCCUCUGUGUCCUGGUCCUGUCUGUGAAGUGGGCAUGGCGACCGAUGCCACUUUCCAACCUACCUCACAGGGGUGUUGUGGGGACACCAUGAUCUGACUGUUGAUGUGUGAUGCGCCGAGCCGCCAGCACCCCCCUUCCCGCCCCCUCCUCACUCCUGCUUCUCUCUUCUGCCUUUCCUCCUCCUCCUCCUCCUCUUCCUCUUCCUCUUCCUCUUCCUCCAGGCAGCAGUCUGACUUGAGAGUCCUGAGAGGCUAGACAGUGGCAGGCCUCAGCCUCAGCCUGGGCCGCACAGGCUUGGAGGGGCUUCCUGGCUCCUCCUGGAGGUCCAGCUCUUCACCCAGGCCCGCUGCCCCUCCCGUAGUGACCAAUUCCUGUCUCUCCCCUCUCCACAGGCUCAAUGAAUCGAAUGAAUGUGAACUUCUUCAUCUGUGAAAAUCUUUUAUUUUUUUUUUCUCCAUUUUGUUCUGUUUGGGGGCUUUUUUUUGUUUGUGUUUUUCCUUGGUUUGUUUGGUGAGCGCGAUGGCUGCCUGGGGUGCUGGGGGCCCCUGUGAGGGGCCAGCUCUCACACCCCAGCGUCCGCAUCCUCUUCCUUUCAAAAUUGGGAUUCUUCAUGUUGAGCCAGCCUUAGAAAAUAGCGAGAACUAAAAAUCUCUGCCAAAAAAAAAAAAAACUUUAAAAAUUAAAAACACAAAGCAGAACAAAACCUAUUAAAUGAUAUAUAUAUAUAUAAAUCUCUAUCCCCCAGCCUUCCCAAAACAGCCUCUCCUGAGGGUAAAGUGAUUCGUUUUCUCCCAACUGCCCGUGGCCCUCUUGUUUUUAAAAUAAACUUUCAAAAAGGAAAAAAAAAAAAGUCACUUGCUAUUUCUUUUUCAUUUUUCUCUCUUUUUUUUUUUUUUUUUUUUAUUUUUUUUUAGUUAGAGUUGAACAUUCCUUGGACCAGGUGUGGGUAUGGCAGACCCCCUCCCCCCUUCCCUCGCUCCUCCCUCCCCACCCACACCCGCCCCCGCCCAGGACUGGUCUGCUCUCUUGUCUUUUCAUCUGUUCCAGAGGAGAUAACUAGAAACAAAAUGAACAAAACAAACAAAAAAAAAAUUGUAUGGCAGUUUUUACUUUUUAUCGCUCGUUUUUAACUUCACAAAUAAAUAAUAACAAAACCUCCCUGUGUCUGCCACGAGUACUGUCUCUCUCUCUCUCUCCCUCCUCUCUGCAGACUUUUGAAGCUGAUAUUUGUUCUUUAUAGAUGUUGUUUAAAAGAGAAAAAAAAAAGCCUGAUGAUGGUGUUGAUUGGAAAUUUAGAAGCUUUGUGUUGUGUGUGGGUUUUCUUUGUUUUUUAAAAAAAAACAAACUAGCUUUCUGCAGGCAGGCACAUUGCUUUUAUCCCUCCCCUUUUUGUUAAAUAAAGUGCUUUAUUUUAAAACACUG